AUGGAUACGGACCAUAUCGACCAGCUGCUGGAGCGCUAUCUUGCUCUCUUGGACGAGUACACGGUUUUGCGUGAGCUUCUCGGCAAGACUCAAGCUGGCAUGUAUCAAAACAUCGCACGAGCCAACUUCUCCGCAGAGAGAGGAGUCAGAUACGGCCCAGACUACUAUGAUGAGCGCAUGCAGGCUUCGAGAACACUCUCCAUAUCUGUAUCUGAGGGCGACAAGGGUAUCCCUCGAUUCGAGCUUGUCAAGCCUACAGAAGCUGUAACGAACCCGGAGACCCAUGAGACUCCAGGUGACGAGGGGAAGCCCGGGACCGGGGAUGAGGCUCCGGUUGAGAAGGCCGCUUCCGAAAAAGCGAAGAAGAGCAACGAUCCCCUUCGGUGGUUCGGCAUUCUUGCUCCACUGCCUCUGCGCCAGGCACAAGCACUUUCGGUAAAAGCCGUGGAGGAUGUGAUCCCUCGUCUGGUCUCAGUCAACGCUGAGAUGAUGAACCUCGAAAUCGAGGUUCGGCGGGCGCGAAAGAGGCGCGCCAAAGCCGAAGUGGCUCACAAAAAGAUUGACGGAGAGGAUGUUCAAGAGACGGAACAACGCGAGUCACAAGCUUUCAUGACCUUGGUUGAAUCUACAUGA